AUGCUGUGCUGUGUACAGAAAGGUGGUAGAUUGGAUAACGACAGCACGGAUGUCACCAUCAGCAUCAAUCGAAAAUUGUUCCAUUACCUAGCCUUUCAUUUGCGUGACAAGGAGUACGACGGCAUCGAGAAUUACAUCCGGUUCAUGACGGCCAACUUGGAUCUGAAAAGUUUGCCCCUCAGCAGUGCUGGCAAUCGAAUGUUGCCCGGAAUGGCGGGACCGGUUGUCAAUGACAUUAGCUGGUUCCGUUAUCCCAUCAACAUAGCACCUUGUGCCGCCGCCGGCGGCCAAUUAGUCGGCAGCAUCAACAGCAAAGUUAACGGUAGUCGUCAUCGGCGCAGUCUCUUUGUCAGCGUCAUUUCGGGUCCCAACAAUUUUGAAAGACGGGCCACCAUUCGUCGAACAUGGCCCGCUCAUUUCAGAAAUCAAACCAAUUUGAAUCAUCCGCUGGACGUGGUGGGUUUCGGCUUCCUCGUCGGCUUAACAAAUAACGACAGCGUCGUCCAGCAAAAAGUCAAGGAGGAAAGUGAGACAUUCGGCGACAUUUUACAGGUCAACAUGAUCGACAGGUACGUGGACUUGUCGGUGAAACUGGCCAGUCUCUUCAACUGGGUCGACACUUAUUGCCCUCGAGUCGAUUUCGUCCUGAAAGUGGACGACGACGUCUACGUCAACGUCCACAAUUUGGCGACGGUCCUUUACUCGUUGACGGUGACCGAUCAAAGUAUCUACGGCCGCCAAUGCGGAGGAAUUAUUCCGGACCGGAAGGGAGGUAAAUGGAUGACGAGUUACGAGAAUUGGCCGUGGCACAAGUUCCCCAUUUACUUCCAAGGGGCUGGAGUGGUGAUUGCCGGCAGCGCCGUCCGUCCCAUCCUGUCGGCCAUGCAAGUCACUCCCUAUUUCAUAUGGGACGACAUGUACCUCGUGGGAUUGUGCGCCGUCAAGGCCAAAGUUAAACUCCGCACGUCCAACCAAAUUUUUGUCGAUAUGCCGGCCAGCUACGCCGACCCGUGUUUCGUGCGCAAUUCGGUUUUGUGGACAACGGGAUCCUCCGACGCAAUGAACUCUUCCCAUUUCGUGAGCCACCACUUUUACCAUCAAAGUCUGCCCAAAAGUCAUUGCAUUGACAAGGACAAUAAGACCAUCGACGAGCCGGCCGAUCGAUCUGACUUUCUUUUUGGCACCAGCCAGCAAAACUAAACUGCGAGUCAUUUCGAUGGUCAAGACUUUCUGGAUUUUGGAAAUCAAUUCAAACUUGAUUUCGCUUGUUGAACGCGUACGAAACAGAAUUAAAAGCACCCAUAUCAGAAGUCAGAACUAUGAUGAAAUGCAAAUUCUCGGUCCCAAAA